AUGACAGGGGAUGGCUCCGAUGGAUCCCCCACGUGGGUUCGACGAACCCUGGGUCCCAUGAGGCGUGGGUCCUUGAGGGGCUCCAUCUUCACUUUGAUGUCGGCGGCUAUUGGCUCUGGCGUGCUUCUGCUGCCCUACGCCUUCAGCCUCGUAGGGCUCCCGCUGGGAUUGCUGACGUUGUUUUUUGGGACGUACUGCCUGGCCACUUCGCUCCGGCUGAUUAUGACCAUCUCACACAUCACCGGCUGUGACUCGUAUGCGAAGAGUGCGUCCGCCGUGCUAGGGCCAUCAGCGGGCCGAGCACUGGCGUGCUUGAUGGUCGGUGAGGCCUUGUGCGGGCAGGCAUCAUUCAUUAAGUUCCUCUCUGACCUUUUGCCACGCGUCCUUCCUUCCGUCUUCGGCGGCUUUUCCAAGCCGCGGAUGGCAAUGAUCGUCGUGUGCAUGGCAUUUCCCGCAUCUGCCAGUCGUGAUCUGUCAGUCCUUCGCCACGUCACCAUGGUUUCCUUUUUUAGCCUGGCCUUUAUGGCAACCCUUGUUGUGAGCGGAGCGAUGGGUGGUCCAAAGCCGGGCGAGGAGAAUGUCGAGGUGAUCAUGCAUGGCCGCGGCACAAGCACUUUGCACGUGCUUCCCCAAACCUGGUCCAUAGUUCUGAGCGCCUUGUACUGCCAGCAUGUGGCGAUACCUGUCUACAGGCAGCUUCACAACUCUGACAGCCGGAGGGUGAACAAGGUCUUGUUGCGGUCUUGCACUGCGCUCUCACUGAUGUAUGCAGUUGUGGCAUCUUGCGGGAUUGUCGCGCAUGGGGCCACGACCCCAGAGAACAUCCUCCUCGCCUACCCCAAGGACCACCGGGCAGCCUCGCUGGCGCAGCUCUUGACAGGCUGCAGCUUGCUUGUGGCACUCCCUCUGGGUGUGCAGCCUGCACGGGAUCAGUUCCCGGAGGUCCUCAGAGCCUGGCGGGCUUUAUUUCAAGCCGUGGCCCGCUUCUUCAGGAGUCUGGGUGAUCUUGAGCACACAUUGCUUGCUGAACUUGCCCGCCCGCAGGUUCCACCGGGGCCGAUCAGCAGCAGCAUGCGUGUGCUGCACACUGCCUGCAUCAUGUCGGCUGCCGCCAGCUUGGCCGUGGUCUUCCCAUCUGUCACCGCCAUUGUGGGGAUCGCCACUGGCUUCGGCUCGGUUCUCUGGACCUUCAUCAUGCCUGUGGUGAUGAUCCUGAUUCUCAGGUAUCGGGCAGGGAAGGAGCGCGCCUUCCAUGAAGGCAGCCCCACCUCAGUCAUCCGUGAGCGGCUACUGUCGUCUCCCCUGAGCUCACCUCCCAUGUCGCCAAGGGUCUCGCCAUGCCAGUCUCCGCGUUUCUCGCCGAGCCCAUCAAUUCCAGAGAUACCGGCAAUGACCUUGAAUGAGGAGGAUGCGGAGAUUUGCAUGCACAUUGAUGAGCCUGACAGUGGCAAGAGGAGCACCGUGGUUCUCACAGGGGAGAAGAAGGCUGAAAUGCUCUCCGCUCCCUGUGAGAAGAGAUCCCACGAGUACUACGAGCAGCACUACCACUGGUCUUUCCACUUUGUCGUCGGAGUACUGAGCCUUUCGAUAGGCUCCGUACUGGGCCUCACGGCCGCCUACCAGUCGUUGCAGAGGGUGCUGAGCUAA